UAAUUUAACAUUAUGUUAAUUUACUAGAUCAACACAUGGGGGUAUUCCACAAUGAAUUUUUUUGCUCCCAUGAGCCGAUAUGCUACCACAGGAGCUGGACCUUUGGUUGCAUCAAAAGAGUUCAAAGAAAUGGUCAAAGCUUUUCAUAAUGCUGGAAUUGAGGUCAUUUUAGAUGUGGUUUACAACCAUACUAAUGAAGCAGAUGAUAAUAACCCAUAUACCACUUCAUUUCGUGGUAUUGAUAAUAAGGUUUAUUACAUGACGGAUCUGCAAAAGAAUGCCCAACUGCUUAAUUACUCUGGCUGUGGAAACACACUGAACUGUAACCAUCCCGUGGUCAUGGAGCUCAUACUGGACAGCUUGAGGCAUUGGGUUGAAGAAUAUCACGUGAAUGGAUUCCGCUUUGACCUUGCAAGUGUUCUUUGCAGAGGCACGGAUGGCACAGCCCUUGAUGCACCUCCAAUUAUUAAGGCAAUUGCAAAGGAUGCUGUCCUAUCCAAAUGUAAAAUAAUUGCUGAACCUUGGGAUUGUGGUGGCCUGUACUUGGUUGGAAGGUUUCCGAAUUGGGAUAGGUGGGCUGAAUGGAACGGCAAGUAUCGUGAUGAUAUUCGGAGAUUUAUUAAGGGUGACACUGGUAUGAAGGGAUCUUUUGCAACUCGUGUGUCAGGAUCUGCAGACUUAUAUCAGGUAAAUCAACGCAAGCCAUAUCAUAGCGUCAAUUUUGUCAUCGCUCAUGAUGGUUUUACUUUGUAUGAUCUUGUUUCAUACAAUUCUAAGCAUAAUGAUGCUAAUGGAGAAAAUGGAAAUGAUGGAUGCAAUGAUAAUUUUAGUUGGAACUGCGGAUUUGAAGGUGAAACUGAUGAUAUUAAUAUCAGAAAUUUGCGAGCACGACAAAUGAAAAACUUUCAUGUUGCACUGAUGAUCUCUCAGGGAACGCCAAUGAUGUUGAUGGGAGAUGAAUAUGGUCAUACAAGGCAUGGAAAUAAUAAUAGCUACGGGCACGAUACUUCCAUCAACCAUUUCCAAUGGGUAGAGUUAGAGGCAAAAAGAGAUUCUCUUUUUAGGUUUUUCUCGGGGAUGAUAAAGUUCCGCCGCACACAUCCUAUACUGAGACGUGACCGAUUUCUUAAAGAAAAUGACGUGAGUUGGCAUGAGGACAGCUGGGAUAAUCCUGAUAGCAGAUUCCUAGCAUUCACACUCCAUGAUAAUAAUAAUUCUGGAGGAGAUAUCUAUGUUGCUUUCAAUGCGCAUGACUAUUUCACUAAAAUUGCAGUUCCUUCACCACCAAAUGGUAAACGAUGGCACAGAGUGGUAGACACAAAUCUUGAAUCCCCUAAAGAUUUUGUUUCUGAAGGAGAGUUAUUCAAUGGAUCUGUGUAUAAUAUGGCGCCAUAUUCUUCAAUUAUUCUUGAAGCUAAACCAUGAGAUGAGAUGCUUUGAAGAAGAUAAAAGUAGCAUGUUAAGGCUUCUGGAGAAUGUUCGCCAUAUAAGAUUAUACAGAAGUUUGAUGGAAGGAUUUUAUUAGCCUUUUAAAUACAUUCGAACGCUCUUUAAAUUAUAUGCAGCCUAUUUGUGGUCGGUGGAAAUAACUAUGUUAGAUUUUAUUUUA